CACACAUCGGGCUCACACCGCCGAGAGGACUGUCAGCGCGUGAAGGGAGGAAAUCACGCACGUUUAAAGUAAAGUUUUCCCUCUGGAAGGAGCCGUUGGAGUAAACACUGCAGGGAGCCAUUCAACGGACACCUCCCAUGCAAAGGCUCCAUGGCAUAAAUCCUGUCCUCACAUCCAGCUUCUCCCGGGGGAAAGCUUUUGAGAAGCCCACUGCUCUGACGCCCUGCUGUCAUUUUCCACAGCCUGAGGGGAAGCAGGAAGUAGCCGGCAGGAGCCAUGCCUGCCCUGGCCACCGGAGCCGGCCACGAGCCAGGCCUUUAUGAGCUGCUGGCAGCUUUGCCCUCCCAGCUGCAGCCCCAUAUCAGCCGCCCAGAGGACAACACCUUCCUCCAGGACAUGUUUGGGGAGAGGAGCCUCCACUCCCUGGUCAAGAUCCACGAACAGCUGCAGCACUUCGAAAAGAGCAAACCCGUCCCCGUCCAGGACAACGCAGCAAUACUGGCCCAUGAAUUGUCUGAGGAACUGGAAAGGAAAUCGGCAAAUGAAGAAAUUAAAGAGCUUCUCAAACUACUGACCAAACUCCACAUCGAGAGCCUUCUGAAAGUCCACGAUACAGUUGCCCUGAAGAAUUACGACCCCGAAUUACCUCCACUACCUGAAGACAUUGACGAUGAUGAGGAUUCGGUUAAAAUCAUCAGACUGGUUAAAAACAAGGAGCCUCUUGGAGCAACAAUAAUGCGUGAUGAUCACACAGGCGCAAUCCUCGUUGCCCGGAUCAUGAGAGGAGGGGCUGCCGACAGAAGUGGACUGAUUCAUGUUGGAGAUGAACUGAAGGAAGUCAAUGGAAUCCCUGUAGAUGACAAAAAACCAGAGGAAGUCAUUCGUAUUCUGGCCCAGUCCCAAGGAGCCAUUACCUUUAAAGUUGUUCCCGCUUUGAAGGACGAGGCGCCAACCAAGGAGCCAAAGGUGUUUGUGAAGGCACUCUUUGACUACGACCCUAAGAAUGACAACGCCAUCCCAUGUAAAGAGGCUGGACUCGCCUUCAAGAAGGGCACCAUCCUUCAGAUCAUGAGCCAAGAUGAUGCAACGUGGUGGCAGGCGAAAUUUGAGGGUGACGCUAACCCCCGUGCGGGCUUAAUCCCGUCCAAACAGUUCCAGGAAAGGAGAUUUGCACUACGACGACCUGUUGCGACUCUUCCAUUCCAGAGGACCUCGAGCAGACGAUCAUUUUCACUGGAUGCAACACAGACAUGUGUCACCGACUAUGUCUCGCUAGAUGAUGUGGCGGUAGAGUUUGCCGAUGAGAUCGAAGAGGACGAUGCAAAUAUUAGCGGAUUUCACCUAGCUGGGUUCAGGAGAAGUUUUCGUCUCAGCAGGAGAGACAAGAAGAAGACCAACAAGUCCAUGUAUGAGUGCAACAAGAGCGAGAUAUACGACACAGCCGACGUGCCCACGUACGAGGAGGUCGCUCCGUACAGCAGGCAGAGUGGAGCAAAACACAGGCUGGUUGUCCUUGUUGGACCUUCAAGUGUCGGUCUGAACGAGCUGAAGAGGAAACUGUUGAUCUCUGACCCGCAGCACUUCAGUGUGACUAUCCCACACACGAGUCGGGCCAAGAAGAACCAGGAGAGCGACGGCGUGGAGUACCACUUCAUCUCCAAGAGUCUUUUCGAGACGGACAUACAGAACAACAAGUUCAUCGAAUUCGGCGAAUACAGAGGGAAUUAUUAUGGGACAAGCUUGGACUCAAUACGCUCCGUCCUCUCCAAGAACAAAGUGUGCCUAUUGGACGUCCAGCCUCAUAUGAUAAAGCACCUGCGGACGGCGGAAUUCAAACCCUAUGUCGUGUUCGUGAAGCCUCCGACGAUUGAGAAGUUGAGAGAGACCAGAAAGAACGGAAGGGUCAUAUCAAGCAAAGACGACAAGGGAUCCGCCAAGCCCUUCACGGAGGAGGACUUUGAGGAGAUGGUGAACACGGCCCAGUCCAUUGAGCUUCAGCAUGGUCACCUGUUCGAUAAGGUCAUCGUGAACGAUGACCUCUCGGCGGCCUUCGGCGAGCUGCGGUUGGCACUAAAGAAGGUUGAGAUGGAGACUCACUGGGUUCCAGUCAGCUGGACUCACUCCUGAGACCAAGAAUUUCUGUAAAAGGGAGAAAAGGGAAGGGGCUUCGACAAGAAUGAGCAGAUUUUUGUCUUUUUUAUAUCAGGUAUGUGGGAGGGGUAAAAGGAAUAAAACAAGACUCCAGACGGUUGUACCUGUGGUGCACGAGGCUAAAAAUAAGUUGCCGCCUGCAUGGAUUCAGGUUGGAUUUAGAUCUCAGCUGCGGUCUGGACACAAAUCUCCAGGUCUGACCAGAUCUGACGUGGUUGCGGUUGCGGGAGUCCGUCCAGAAUAUGGGCCUUGGACACCGAACUGGAACCCAGUUCGGGUCACACAGCCAUGGCCAUGAGUUGGAGCCCUUCGUUCCAAACCAGAAUGUGGAACGAGCCUGGAUCAUCAUAGCACCAGCAGUCCUGCCAGCACAUCAGCGACGCCGCCAACCACGGCUGCUUUUUCAGUGUGUUUAUUACAUUAGACCAUUAGAAACCAAAGGGAUUGACAGAUUUCUUCUCAGCGGACAACUUACAUGUAUAUGUCUGUAAGCGAACACGACCUCUGAGGGGGAAACGGGAGAAAAGAAAACAUACUUGCCUUCUGUCUUACUAUACGUCUGUGCUUCUAAAAUGCUUCCAUGACUGUUACUCCAAACAAAACAUUGUCAGGUACUCGCGCAAGAAAGGGCAAUAAGUGUAAUUUAAUUUAAGAGAAAUUAAUAUAUUUUCUAAUAUCAAUUUUUUUGCAUAUCUUUUAUAAACAUAUCUCGACUUUUAGAGAAUCCUGUUUCUUAAUGGCAGCCUCGUCCUGACAGCUCUUUACUCUAGAGGCAUCUCUUCUUUCAGUCAAGUGUUUUGAUUUCAUCACCCUAGUCUAGUUUUCCACCUACAAAGCACUGAAAGAGCUGUUUUUUAUUUUGGUGUUAUAUAUUCCAUUUAGGAGCAUUUUGAAAAGCCACCCUUCAUAUGAAGGUGCCCAGCAUAACAGCUUUGCCGUUUAAAGUCCCAGACCUGGACACUCUUGGCCGUUUCCAAGAAGAAAAUGUUCACCGUUCUGUUUUAUUAGGGUGGGGGCUCUAUUUUUAUUCACAUAAAAAUGGCUUCGGCGAAGCUGCUAAUGGUGGGCCUGUAGAGCACUUCCAGGAUUUUAAUUUUAGAGUAAUGCUAAGUAGCAGCUUCUGACUUUAUGAGCAUUAGAUGUUUAUUGUAAAUUUGAGUCUCCCAUUCCCAGUCUAACUUACUCAUAUUUUCUACUCAGUGCAUUUUCCUUUUUUUUGCUUCUAUCAUAGUAAUACUUUUCUCUAAUGUCUAAGAGACUGAAUAUGAAAUAAGCUAGUUGUCAAUCAUGGCUCUGUCAUUAGCAUUAGCAUUAUUACAGCUCUUGUAGAUCAUUGUUUGUUAAUAAUGUUGUGAAAACCUGUGUAAGAAAUUUAUUUUAAAGAUUAAAAGGGCAACAAUACAUACAUCCAAUACAUGUACUAUAUGUGGGGCAAGCUUAUUGUUGCUGGAAACAUCUAGCAUGACUCUUACAUUUUUAAAAACAUGGCCAGUUAUUCUUUUUAAUAUGUGUUUUUAUGAACUUCUUUCUUUGUGAACAGGAUACAGGCUAAGUUUUCAGAUUUAGAGAUACUGAUGAAAAUACGUUUAAUCUCCCCCACUGCCUCCCGGAUACUCCGGACUCGUGUGAGAGUACUAUCAGUCGAACUUAGAAAGCAUUAAGCCAAUUUCCAUUGUCAAACAUUGUCAAACUAUUCCCUAUAGUUCUAAAAUUGGCUAAUAUACAUUAGGUCUAUUUCAAGUUGUAAUCCCCCAAAUCAUGUUCAUAUGCAUUUUACCUUUGACUACUGACUAUGACUAUUGACGUGUUUGAUUUCUCCGUUUCACAAAGGGUAAUGAGGGUAUCUGCUCUUCAGGAUGAUAAUACAUGUUUUAAAGGGACUGCUUGGCAUCUUGUUUUUGUUGUUUUUUGUUUUUCCCUUUUUUUUUUCCUUUAUUUUUCUGUUUGUUCAUCUCUUCAUAUCUGAACCACCCGCCAUCAGUUGUAUUGCUCCAAAUCAGAUUUGUACAUUCUCCAGAAUAUAUUUUUAAUUUCUUGCUGUAAAUGAAAUGCUGUUCUUGAUAACUGCUGCAUUUUAUAUUAAAGGAGAUCCAACUAAACUUG